UCCUCCCUAUAAAAAGGUCAGUCAUUAAUUGUCCUCUAACAUUAUCUCUUUGACCAUAUAUUUAAUUACCAAACAAAAGCUGCAUGCAAUUCUCUCACAAAUAUAUCAUCCCAAUCAAAGCCAAAGAAAAUAAUUAAAAGACUAGCAUAAAAAGGCGAACUUUCUAGUAUUUUUUGUUAAUCAAGGGGAUGGUGAAGGUGACAAUUAUAGGGAGGGUGAGCGAUGGGAUGCCCUUAGCCCAAGGUCCAAGACAUGUUGUUCAUGAAGAGAAUGAUGUCUUGACAACUUACAAGCAACAAGCUGAAUUCAUUCUCAAGGAAAUUUCUCUAAAAGCCUUGCCAUCUUCCAAGAUGACUAUUCUUGUAGAUCAUCAUUGCUUUAACUACAUGGUUGAGAAUGGGAUUUGCUACCUGACGUUAUGUGAGUCGUCUUACCCAAGAAAGCUGGCAUUCCAUUAUCUACAAGAUUUGCAGCAGGAGCUUGAAAGAUUAGAUAGAAACCUUACUGACAGAAUUAGAAAGCCAUAUACCUUCAUUAAACUUGAUACGAUCAUUGGCAACAUUAGAAAGCAAUAUGUGGAUACAAGAACACAGGCAAAUUUAUCUAAACUAAACGCUCGUUGUCAAAAGGAUUUAAAUAUUGGGACAGAGGAAUUAUCACUAAUAACGGAGAGAAGGCGAAGAGUAGAAAUGGUGGAGAGAAUGAUGGAAGCUCAUAUAAGUACUUCUCCGGUUUGGGAUUCUAAAAGGCUGGAGAUCAUCGCGCUGAAAUGGACACCAAUUACAAUCCUUCUUGUUGUUGCUUCUGUUCUUCUAUGGACCGGCUUAGUUCUCCAAGAUGAUUUUCGAUAAUGGUGAGCUAAAAUUCAUACUUUCUGAAGCCCUAAUCAGUUGAGAAAAACUCUCCAAGGAAAAUGCUUCAACGGUGCAAAUGAAGAAAUAAUCAGUUGGAGACUUGCAGAAUGUGGAUGCGGACAUAAGCAGCUAAAGGUGACAAAGGGCACACAAAUUGUGCAUAUUGUUACUAUGGGGAUUUGAUGCUCCAUUCUUCUUAUUAUUUGUGUGUCUAGUAGUGGUUCACUUGAUGUGUUUAUUCUUUAGUUGUCUACUUAUUAGACUAGUUGGCACUUGAGAAAGGUUAUUGUUAAGCCUUCUAGCACCUUGUGAUAAAACAUCAUCAUCUGCAAAAUCAAUAAAAGGUACUGCAGUAUUACUAUUA